UGGGAAUUCUUCCUGGAUAGAAAAGCGCACCCUCCAUAAAACCCGGCAGCAGUGUGCGUAAGUGUUAGGACGACGUUAGUCUGUAUCAUUUGUUUUAAUCCGUUACCUCCCGCCACACCGAAGUUGUUUUUAAGGAAUCAUUUGUGCUUUGACAGGAGUUAGAAGAUAACGUUCAGCGCGCACGAUGGCUGAGAAGAUCGACACGGAGGACACGAAGGCAUCCAACGGCGAGGCGCACCUCGAUGAGCCGGUGUCCAACGGACCAACGUGCCUGAAGAAGAGCCCGGAGCCCCUGUCAGCGAGGGUCAAGAGAAUAGUGAAGGCUAACCUACUGGUGAUCCUCACCGUAGUUGGGGUCAUCAUUGGGGUUUUUAUUGGACUCGGUGUGCGCAACGUGACACUAACCAGGACCCAGAUCAUCUACAUCGGGUUUCCUGGUGAGCUGCUCAUCCGGCUGCUGAAGAUGAUCAUCAUCCCCUUGGUGGUUUGCAGUCUGGUGUCCGGGGCGGCCAGCAUCGACCCUAAAGCCCUGGGCAAACUCGGCGGUUGGGCCAUGCUUUUCUUCCUGGUCACCACCUUGAUCGCUUCGUCGAUCGGGGUUGUGAUGGCGUUCAUCCUCAACCCUGGUUCCGUGACCGUGAACAAACCAAAGGUGCAGGGCUUGGAUGACAGCGUACCGGAGGCCAAAGAAGUCAUAGACUCCUUCUUAGACUUGAUACGGUGAGUGGUUGUUUUUUUAAUGGUGUGUAUAAAAAAGUAGUGGUAAUUGAUCACCGGUGCCUCACGCAGACACGCGCUAGGUCUGUGCCAAACUUGUUGCUAAGUUACGCACAAAAGCUUUCAGUAAAACACACACGGCCCUCUUGACUUAGAGUCUAUUAUUUACCUUUAUUAGUGACUCUUUAAGGUAAAAUACACCCUGAUGCCUUAAAUGGGACUGCUGCCUGGUUAGACUGGUGGCCUGUUUUACCUCUCGCUGUGUGUGCUGUAACGACAACGCGCAGUUGCGUCAGCUCAGCUGGGUGCCAUUUGUCACGGAAAACCCAAUGAAACCUCCACAUACCAUUACAGCAACGUGUUUGACACUAGAAGUGCUGAGAAUAACCACAGUUUUACACUUUAACUCGCUGACUUACUUGCCACUCUUGAGUGACAGCUUUCAUGUGUCAGCAAACGUGAUAAGGAGACUUGUAGGGAGGUACAGCACCCCUUUUUGCAAAGAUAAAACAAGCACACUUCACUCUUCUAGUCUUGCACUGUAGGUCCACUUCAGGAUAUUUUCGGAGAAUACAGAUUCUGAGGGAGCCACCACCCUCAGGAAGCAAGCUCAGUCUAAAAUGUGUGACAAGGAAAGCUAAUGAAGCUAAGUUGCAGACACGUGGUAGAGAAAUGUGGUUUAACAUGUCUUGAAGUAGGCUCCAGGCCUGAUUCCCUUGCUGCCUUUACACACUAGACUUACUGGUCUUGUUGGGAAUAAGUGGCCCACAGCAUGUCUUUUCCCAUUUUAUCAGCAAGCAACAUUCAAGGGGCUAUCAUAAGAUAUGAGUCACAUCAAUGACUAAGCCGGUAUUUGACUCAGAUACUGAAAAAGUCUUAAUUUAGUGAGCUAUUUAAAGUCUUGUAUUUUGCAGAACUGGUCCCAUGAUGUUUUUUUUGUGUUUCAGUAAACCUAAAAAAACUGAUGCAGCUUGUUAAAAUAAACUCAUUUCCUAGUGAAGAGCUCUUAAAAGUUGUAAUCGGGCCCAGCCUUUUGUAAACACAUUGGACCACACGGUUAUGCAAUGUCAUAAAGAUUGUGGGAGCCAGAGAUGUUUUCCUAUACCAAAUCAGGAUAGGAACUGGACUGGUAUUAGUAUAACAAAAACCUGCUGUAGACCUGUGUCAUGCACUCUCUUCAGAGAAUAAAAACGUGCUGUGCAUGUGUUUGUUCAGUACUGAAGCAAGAAUGAAUCAGGAGUACACAUACCAACAAUCCUCUGUUAUUUUCAUGCUACUAUCCAUCGUGAUACACAGCGAACUCUAUUGCACAACUCCUUCUGGCUGCCUUACGCAGUCUUCAGAGCAUUAACUCCUGCUUUCCAUGAAUUAUGAUAUUGUGUGCUAUGAAAGCUACACUUUUCCACUCUCCCUCCUCUUACUUCCCCUCCUCCAACAGUGUGACUUUGGCCUGGCAGCACCUCCUAAAACAUUUCUUGCUUCUUGGUGCCAGAUUAGACAUGCAAGAGUAACAGGGUGAAACUUCGCCACUCAGAGAUUAACACUGUUACCCACAUUUGUAUCUUGCAUAACUGUGUUUAUAUUUUGAUAAUUGACCACUAUAUUCAGUGCAGCGUUCCUGUUUUUGUUAUUUUAUGUUCCUGAAUGCACCAUCCCCCAUCUAUUGUUCAGAAUCAUUGACCAUGACUAGCCACUGUUGAGAGGAUAAAAAGGGAAAUAAUCAGAAAAGUAACAUCCAUCUCGUGAAGCGCACACACCGACACGCGUUUCUACAUUAUCUUAAUGGGACGGCAGGCACAACCCGUGGCUCUCGUUAGAGCGAUCCCUCUCAGUUGGAGUCCUGCUCGGUUUUGACAACAAAGGCAGCGUGAGACUUUGACUGAAGAGCGGCUUAACAAAGUGUAAGAAUAGCCCAGUCAUUGCUCCGAGACACUCAUUUAAAUUCUUUUCUAACAUGUCAGCCUAGGGAUACACGUGUAAAGGUUUAGACUCGAGGCACUCCCACACACAUCCUUGUUGACUUUCCUCACAGCCUGCACUUUUUUUUCCCUUUUUUUCCCCACUCAGAAACCACACAGUGCACAGCUAUCAGACGGUACAAGUUCCACUCAUGGAUUUAUUGACAAUUACAGUAUUAACCUCGGGUUAUGGGAGAGUAGUGACUUGAAAUAUUGAUGUUAAUAUUGUUUUAUCAUGAUCAGUCAUUCAUUUGUACUCAGUAGAAACCUUGACUGUUACCCGGCAGUAAAUUGAUCAUUAAUGACUCUGCGUAGACCAGCACAAGGUGUUCCCCGCUCCCCAUAUGCUUGCAAAUGUCAGUCAACAGUCAAUUGCUUUCAACAAUGGGAUAAACACACCCAACUUACGAUGGCAUUUUGUCACACCUUCCUGGUUCCUUUUCUUUUCUUUGGAGGCGGUAGUUUUGGUAUCUGUGAUGUCAGAAAAUACCACAGGAACCAAAACUUAUCUUACAGUGACUCAUGUUAGAAACUUGUAAUUAAAAAAAAAAUGUUGAGCACAUUUUUGUACAAUCUACUUAGAACGACAUUGAUUUUUAGUCUUGCCUUCCAAGUUGUGAAUGUAUUGUGAAGAUUGCCUAGACUCAGCCGAGGUGUGUUUUAGAUUUAAUUUAAUUCGUAAAGAAAGCAGCUUCACUGGAGGGAGAGGGAUGUUUUCCAUUGUGGUUGCUGAUGGUAGUGAAUACCUGCAACAAUGAACAGAGGAUGUAAUUUUCUUUCAUUAGAGUUUGGUUUUGUACCUGUGCCAGGAAUGUGGCGCUUUCAGGGAAAAAGGACCCCUUCAGAAUCCAGCUCAGUAUCAGAGACUGAGAGCAAGUACACGACUGCAACCAGGUUAGGGUUAUCAGAGUUUGAUGAAAAUAUUGUUUUAAAAGCUGCUCUGGAAAUAAAAAGACUCCAGAUAUGCAGAUAAUGUCACCUCGAAGGAUUUGCCUAAUACGAACUUAUUUGAAUAUUCAAAUAAACUCCUGUGUUGAUAUUGAGAUCAGGCAGCCAUUUGUGUCAGCUCUUUGCAGCACAAGCAUCCAGUGAUUCGGGGGCACACUGCUUGCUAACAAAAUCACAUGAUGUUUAAUCCUGAUGUUCUCCUUUCUAAUGAAAACGAAUGAAUGGCUGCUUGUGAAGUUAAUGCCUAAUUACUCUAAAUCCACUAUAGACAGCUGAGUGAAGGGGCAUCAGGGUCAACGUAGGGUUCAGGAGUUCUUUAGGAGAUUUAACAUGCAGCUCGCCCCAUGUACCAACAUAUGUGUGUGUGUGUGCACCUGUAUGUGGAGAAGGAAACAAAGCAAUAAGAAAUGAGAGUAGAGUGAAAAAGAGGAGAUUCAAGCCCCUCUCUUUCUCUCUCUAAAGUUAUUUCCUCCUGAUCAAUCUUGUGACGUUUAAACUGUAUGUGAUUCGAGCAGGAGUAGAUGUUUCUCUACAUCACGACUCGUGAUUGACUUCUGUGAAAGACAAAAGCUUCUUUACUUUACAGGUCAGGCUUUAAAGUUGGACCGUGACCUGCAGCUGUGUUGUAUUUGAUGUAAACGCCUCUGUUUGGCGCACAAACACUUGAGGCUUUGUCUAAGACGCGUAUAAACUUAGCUUUUGACUACAUGUUUGCCACGUCUUUGCCACAUAUUCAUUUAUACAAGGUUAGAGUCGAUGUGUUUGCAGUAAGAGCCCAAAACAAAGAAAAGCUCAAUCACAUGUAUUGUGAAAUUACAUGUUUAAAACCUGUGAUUUCUCUCCUUUUUAAGCACCAACCACAUCUGUAUAAAUGCCGCCUCUGUAUACGCUGAUCAUAGGCAUUGAAAGUAUUGUUUUUGUUUCCUCCCACAGAAACAUCUUCCCCUCCAACCUGGUGUCUGCUGCCUUUCAGUCGGUGAGUGCUGCAGUUUGAUGUUGAAACUAGGAAACUCUCAGAUAGGAUGUUGCAUGUGCUAAACUUGUGUCCUUUCUUUUUUAGUAUGCAACCAGUUACAAGCUGAUAACCAAAAAUGGCACAGAUGGAAACCUGACUAUCACAGCAGAGAGGGUGAGUGAAAUUAAAGACCUUGAGAUUUAUGUAAAAUCCUCCAUAGCUGGUGUUUCCCUGAUAUGUCUGACUGUUUUCCUUGUUUGUCUGUGUGCCCCCCUUUAGGUGCCCUUCGGAACAGACCAGGACGGUAUGAAUAUCCUGGGUCUGGUGGUGUUUGCUAUUGUGUUUGGUGUGGCUUUAAGGAAGCUGGGAGAAGAAGGAGAGAUCCUCAUUAAGUUCUUCAACUCUUUUAAUGAGGCUACCAUGGUGCUGGUCUCCUGGAUCAUGUGGUAAGAAAGACCUGCGUGUUUCUGGGUUGUUAGAGGGGAAUAAAGUUGAUGUCUUUGUCGGAAUAAUAACCAAAAUAAUCUGCAACACUUCCUGUCUCCCUGCAGGUAUGCCCCUAUUGGUAUCAUGUUCCUGGUAGCUGGCAAGAUUGUGGAAAUGGAUGAUGUUGGGAAUCUGUUCGCCAGUCUAGGAAAGUAUAUAGCCUGUUGCAUCAUUGGACAUGCUAUCCACGGCCUUCUAGUGCUACCAGCUAUCUAUUUCGUAAUAACGAGGAAGAACCCAUACACCUUCCUCUGGGGGAUAUUCACAGCUCUGGCAACAGCCUUCGGAACAAGCUCAAGGUAAUCAACGCUCCGACUCGCACAGAUACACGUUUGUUUGGUCUUCCUGCUUGUUAAAAGUCAAAUAAUGAGUUUUGUUUCGUUUUAAACAUACCCUUCCCUCUCUGCAAACACUCAAUAUGCAUACCUUUCACCAUGAAAUGCUCACACUCCCUGUUUCUCUUAGCUCUGCCACUCUGCCCUUGAUGAUGAAGUGUGUGGAGGAAAAUAACGGCGUAUCCAAACACAUCAGCCGUUUCAUCCUGCCAAUCGGAGCGACGGUCAACAUGGACGGAGCUGCUCUCUUCCAGUGUGUGGCUGCCGUUUUCAUCGCUCAGCUCAACAACUACCCCCUCAAUUUUAUCCAAAUCAUAACCAUCCUGUAAGUUGCAAAGCCACCCAAACAGCUGUUGCACAACUGGAUUAAGUGUGUCCCCAGAAAUAAAUUAUUUGAUGUAACCGUGUCAUCUUCCUUUUUGAUGUGUUAGUGUGACAGCAACAGCAUCCAGUGUUGGAGCUGCAGGUAUACCGGCUGGAGGGGUUUUGACCCUUGCUAUCAUCCUGGAGGCUGUCGGACUGCCCACUAAUGACAUUUCCCUCAUCCUGGCUGUGGACUGGCUUGUGUGAGUACAAAACCAUCGUGCUUUAUGUGGACACAGUUCAUGAUAGUAACAGCUGUGAUCCUAAAUAUUCAAGCCAGACAUUUACUGAAAUUUCUUUCCCCUCUGUCGCUCUGCAGUGACCGUACCUGCACAAUCAUCAACGUAGAGGGUGAUGCCUUUGGAGCUGGACUCCUGCAGUUCUUUGUGGACCGUACAGCCAAACAAGAGGAGGGGACAGAGCUGAGCGACGUCAGACUGGAGGGGGAUCCAGGAACCUCUGCCCCUGAGCACUCGCCGCUUAUUGAGAAACGAGGGGGAAACGGCAGCGCGGAUGCUCCCAAGUCGGUUCUCUCUGAGUCCGUUAUGUAAUCCAGCUGCUGACUCCAUCAACAACCUGACAUUCUUAUCAACCAAAACCUGAGGUACAAACCCCAUUUUUGCCCCAGAAAAGUUUUUUUUUUCAGAGAGGAUGAACAUGGACACUCCACAAACAGUGCAAAAAAAAACACUCUCUGAAAGUCUCUGAAGCUUUUCUGGGUCAGAAACUAAGGAGUGAAGGAGAUACUCAAAACCCAUAUUACAUGCAGUACGUUGUGUUGUGUCCCGGUGUCAAAACUCUGUUUAAAUAUGUUACACAUAUACUUUAUGUCCACUCGGAUGUCAAGUUGCUGAGCCUGACCAGCAAAUACCAGCAAUAACGGUAGAAGAAAUGUUACAAAGACGAUGCUGCAUUUAAACACAAAGAAGAUAUUUAAGUUACAGUCAUAUUCCCUGUAGUAGACACUCUAACCAACACAUACUCACGCUUCUGUCAAAACUCACUAAAAGGCUUCGGCUACACCGAGAAACCUACUUUUUAUUGUCACGACAUGAUAAGCUGAUGAGCUGUAUUCAGAAAUCCGUUAACAUCCUCCGUUACUUUAUUUUUCUGUUAUACAUGAUCAGUUUAAUGCAGAUUUGAUCUACAGCUGUUGUGUACGAGUGAGUUAAAUGAGUUCAAGUGCUACUUUUCCGUUACAGAAACUUCACUAAAAAGAACUCUGUGCAUAGUCAUCACUGGGACCAGGGACUUAAUCAACAGCCAGGGUCUUAAUAUUGAGCCUGGAAAGGUCCCUGCUUUAGAGGGUAGUACUAGUAAAGGGGUUUUUUGGGGGGGCUCUCCACUGGUGGAGUACUGGUUUAGUUUUUUCACAUGACAACUAAUUUUCACAGCCUUGUUGAUCUUUGAAAUGUAAACAGCAACAGGAUUUAAGAACGCUAUUGCCUUUUGAGCAGAAUCCUCAGAACGGUGGAAAUGAGGCUGAUGACAAAAAGCACAAAAUAUGCCGUUUUCUAAGGGGCCGGGGGUGGGAGGGAACAUACUUUAUCAGUUCGUUGUUGAGUCCUCUGUAACUCCUUGCCAAUGUUUUCGUUAUCUACAAUGUCAUGGGGAGAAAAAGCAAUAGUCUCCAGACUACAUUAACACUCCUCAGCACACUUAAUACUCGCAUUGACGUCCUAAGGAGGAAUGAAGGAACUCUUUCUCAAGGACUCGAACUAUGCAUGGACACAGACAGACCUCCAAAUAUUUGUGCCUCUUCACACGGACAUCAGCGUUACGACAGGCAUCGUGACCUCAGGUUUAACUCUGGCUUGAAGACUUAUCCUUCGGCUGCUUCUUAAUAUUCUGAGACCAAAAACUGCAAUAACUCAUCACAAAGAAAGGACGACGUUGAACUCCACAUAGAAUUUAAUGACAUUUUCCGGGAGAUAUGUGUCUUUUAUCAUGAUAGCCUGAAUUUUACUGGUUUUUACCUCUGUGUAGGUCCUUGCAACAGAAAGGCACGAAUGGGUUUAAAAGCACAGACUUGUUGUGUAAUAUGUAAAGUGUUGUGUGACUACAUGUGAUGUGUGAGUAACGGAGGUCCUUCCACAAUAGUAGCAGAGGUUUUGCUGUCAUGGGGACUUCAGGGUAAGAAUGUCUCAACUUCAACUUAUUUAUGUUCUGGCUGUGAAACACAGAAACCUUACUCUUAUAGGCUGGAGAUCUUGUGUCAUAGCUAAAAUGUUAGAGAACUAUUUGUAGUAAGCCAUAUUUAUUUCCCUAAUCACAAUCCAAAGAUCUUUUUAAACCAAUCCUCUGAUAUGGAAGCAACUACAUCUUUGUCAACAUAAUCUGGUUGGUGAUUGCUCUUUUUAUUUUAUUUUUUAUUACUGUUACUAGGAUCAUUUCAGGUCAUGGACUUGUUUUAAUCUUUUCAGGCGUGAGUCAAAGCUUUAUGUGUGUGAGGUGUUUCUGUUUUGGGAUUUUACUUUUACAGAGUAGGAAACUACAAGUUUUUUACUAUGGCAGUGAUGAGAUGAGUGUGUUGAUCGUACUUAUAGAGCAAUCCUGUUUUCAAAGACAUCUGUGUAUGUACCAUUAACUGUACAGUUGCACUAUAUAUUUAUAUCUUCCAUCCAUAUCAUAUUUAACGCUUUACAGCUCUACCACAUGACUGGGGUACAAAUUUACAAAUUUAUUAACAUUUAUGUUAAAUGCAGGUAAACGUCUAUAUUCUAUAACAAUGUUAUAUCGUACCAAAUUUGCAGUAUGUCCCAUGAUGGUCAUCUAUGGAUUCAAUGCAAGCCUCAUGUCUGAUCGGUUUUUAGUUUUUGUCAAGAUUAACAAUGUCCUCUAAACAGCUAUUAUGUUUUUCUUCAUAAUGCCUUUUUGGUAGACUAUGUUAACAUUCCUCUGAGAUCAUAUGGAUGUCUGUCUGCUUUGAUCGUAGUGUAAUUGUUGUAUGUAUGUAGGUUUUAUGUUGUUUAAGUGGGGCUAUGUUUAAAAAGCGCUCGGUUACACUCUGAAUAUACUGUCUGUAGGUUUUAAACAAUAAAGGCCUUUUUUCUAAAAAUGUUA